GCAAACUUCCCUCUCUGUCUGUCUCUCUCUCUUUCUCCCCAAUUUAAAACAGAGCAGCGCUUACCCCUGUCCCACACACCCAUUACGCGCGUGCUGCAUCGUGUCGAUCGGCAGCUUUUCUGCCUCACUCGUCCCUCUCUCUCUUCACUUCCUCCAUCACCGACUGUUUUCCGCUUGAACAGCAACAGCAAAAGCAAAAGGGCCACACACUUCACGCGCAUCUCUCUGUACAACAGAUUUCCUGCUUCUCCGCUUUUCCGGCCUCCCCUUCUCUUCUUCGUUUCUGCGCUCAUGAAGCCUUCCGUCCCACGGAUCGCGCUCUUUACGGCGGCGUGCUGGGCGUUGCUAGCGACACUAACCUUCACUGCCUGCGCUGCAGCCGUCACCGCCCCGGCAAGCCCGGAAGCGGGGCUGCCACUUUUCCUGUCGCAAGUGGCGCGCGCCGUAGAGCAGACGCUCGCCCCUGUUACUGCGGUGCUGGCGCCCUACGUUCCCAAUUGCAUGAAGGAGUUGGCCCCGCCCUUCCUGCGGGGUGCCGUGUCGCUUGUCAUGGUGGGCCGCGGCGCGCGUCGGCCGCCUGCCGCCGUCAACGGCGCCGCCGGCGAUGAAGUGCUGCUGCACACGACCGCGAAGUUCAUUUACGCUGCCGGUGCCAUCACGGCGGAGCUGACGCUGCUGAAGAUGAUCUACCGCGAGCCCUACCGCAACCUGCGCCGCAACCCCAUGAACCGGCUUUUGUGCAGCCCGGCGGGGUUUGUGUUCUUGUUGCUGCUCACCGCCGCCCCCAACGACCUCGUCGAUACCAGUCUGAUCUGCAUUUUCUUCUGGAAGCUGUCCGCCUCCGUCUACACGCCGGCUGUUGUGUGUGGGCAGCUGCUGCGGGUGUACGUGGCCGCGCUGGUGCCACGCCUCCCACCGCUCUCCGCAGCGUACACCGCCUUCCUGGCCUACUGGGACGCAGCGGAGCACAAAGACGGCGCUGACGCCGGUGCCGCCCUGCCGUUUGACCUCUUGCGCGAGGCGCUGGCGGAGAUCGCGCUGACUGCGGUGAUGGCCGGCGCGGUGGCGUUUGCGGUGGCGGCGCGCCGUAGCUCGUGUUCUUCCUCCGCCGGCUCCGCAACGCCGCGCGAGCCGGAAAGCGACGGUGACGACUACUACGAGGAGUGA